AUGGCGCACGACAAGGAAAUCGAGGCUUCGACUGCCCCUCCAGUCGACCUCGAUGCCGACUACGACGACCAUCACAAGCGCGCUGCCAACAAGAUUGUCAACGAUGCGCGCCUUGCGUCGGACAAGGAGCGCAAAAUGACGCUGUUGCAGGGCAUCAAGCUGUACCCAAAGGCGAUUGGAUGGUCCAUCCUCAUCAGCACGUGUAUCGUCAUGGAGGGCUACGACGUCUGUCUUCUCAACAACUUCUUCGGGUUCCCGCAGUUCAAGCGCAAAUACGGCGAGCAACUGCCCAACGGCACGUGGGAAAUCCCAGCACCGUGGCAGGCCGGCUUGUCCAACGGCCUCAUUGUGGGCGAGAUUAUCGGCUUGUUUCUCAACGGCUGGGUCAGUGAGGCCAUUGGAUAUCGGUAUACGGUUAUGGGAUGUCUGACGCUGAUUAUCGGCUUUACGGCUAUCUUCUUCACCGCGCAGACGGUCGUGCAUCUGCUCCUUGCUGAGAUUCUCUGUGGUAUCCCGUGGGGCGUCUUUCAGACGCUGACUAUUACUUAUGCCUGCGAAGUGUGCCCUGUUGCUCUGCGUGGAUACUUAACAACAUAUGUCAACUUCUGCUGGGGCCUGGGCCAGCUCAUCGGCAUCGGCGUCAUCCGCUCUCUGGUCAGCCGGCCAGAUGAAUGGUCGUACCGCAUCCCAUACGCCCUGCAAUGGAUGUGGCCAGUACCCCUUUUGAUUGGAGUUUUCCUCGCCCCAGAAUCCCCCUGGUGGCUCGUCCGCAAAGGCCGACUCGACGACGCCAAAAAGGCGCUCCUCCGCCUCACCAGCCUCAACCGCGAAACCGACUUCAACGCCGACGAGACCAUCGCCAUGAUGGUGCACACGACGGCGCUCGAGGAGAAAAUCACAAAAGGCGCCACCUACUGGGACUGCUUCAAAGGCACCGACCUGCGCCGCACCGAAAUCGUCUGCAUGGCUUGGGCAAUGCAGAAUCUCAGCGGCAACGCCUUCUCAGGCUACUCGUCUUACUUCCUCCAGCAAGCCGGUCUGGCUCCCUCCACAUCCUACGACUUUGCAAUGGGCCAGUACGGAAUCAACAUGGCCGGCGUCUUCGGCGCCUGGUACCUAAUGAAAGUGGGCAUUGGCCGGCGAACACUGUACCUGGGCGGUCUCUGCGGUCUGUGCAUCAUGCUCUUCGUCAUGGGUUUCCUGGGACUCGUGCCGCAGUCGCAGCGCGCAUCCGGCGCCAUGGCCACGGGCGCCAUGAUGAUUGUCUGGGCCAUGUUUUACCAGCUCACCGUUGGCACCGUGUGCUACUCGCUCGUCGCCGAACUGUCGACCCGCCGCCUCGCCAUCAAGACCGUUGUCCUCGGCCGCAAUCUCUACAAUGUCAUUGCCAUUAUCACUUCGGUCCUUACGCCCUACAUGCUCAAUCCAGGAGCCUGGAACUGGGGCAACUACGCAGGCUUCUUCUGGGCCGCAUCCUGCUUCCUCAGCAUCGUCUACACAUAUUUCCGCCUCCCCGAGCCGCGCGGCCGCUCCUUCGCCGAGCUCGACCUGCUCUUCGAAAUGAAAAUUAGCGCCCGCAAGUUCGCCUCCACGCACGUCGAUGUCUUUGAACACAGCCAUCUCGAGGGCACAGCUGUCUUUGACAGCUACGAGGAGAAGGUCGAGGGUACCGUUAGAACAGAGGCUGUGCCUGCUACUUUGUCUGCUGUGUAGCCGUUUUCGAUGGUCUUGUUGGGAUUAUGGAUAGCUUGGGGGGGGGGUUUAUGUGUGAGAGUGUAGGGGCUUUAGUAUUUUUUUUUUGGUAUGCAUGUGUGUGUGUGUGCAUCGUUUGUAUGCACGAGUGCUACUUGUACCUG